UGGCAACAGUUGAUUGUAUGAUACGAGCUUAUGUGUUGAAUGUGCGUCUGGUAUAAUCAUGUACAAAAGUGCUAUUUUUCUACUUUUCAUUAUUGUCAGCACAUCGAAUAAGUAUGUAACUGCCGAAAAUGACGAGGAUACGUCGACAGAUCUGUACGUUAUCGAAGGAAAGGUGUUCCCUUGGGAAAAUGGUGCAUCAAAUGGCUGGCAGUUAAUGACUCACGUCAUGGCUAACGGUGGAGAACAUUAUGGUUUCUUAAGGGAAGAUGGAACAUUCAUUAUAUCAAACGUACCUUCAGGAUCAUAUAUAAUCGAGGUUGUAAAUCCAAACUGUGUUUAUGAACCUGUCAGAGUAGAGAUUAACUCAAAAGGGAAAUUCAGAGCAAGGAAAGUUAAUUUGAUACAAACGUCUCAAGUAAUACAAGUUCCGUAUCCAUUAAAAAUGAGACCACUCACACCAUUCCGUUAUUUCCAAGUUAGAGAACAGUGGAGAGUAACAGACUUUUUAUUCAAUCCUAUGGUUUUGAUGAUGAUAUUACCAUUAUUGCUAAUUAUGAUUAUACCAAAAAUAAUGAACGAUCCUGAAACCAGGAAGGAGAUGGAACAACUAAAUAAUUUUACCAAUUACAAUAUGCCAGAAAUGUCUGAAGUAAUAACAUCGUUUUUGUCUGGUGGAGAAAAACAAAAAUCAAAAGCAGUGAAAGCUGCAAAAAAGAGACAAUGAUUAAAACCUUUAUAGGAUGUGUAUUUGCACUCUAAUUAAUUACAAUUUUUAGAAGAAA